AAAAUGGUUGACAGAUCGUAGAAUAGAACAAUUUGAGAACAAUCAUUUUUUGUGUAUUCUACGUUUUGUUUUGUGAAAACAACCUGCAAAGUGCAUAGGUAGCGAAUGUACCGACUUAUUUUAUUGCAUUUAAGUUACUUGUCACACAGAAGUUACUUACCGCAAAGUAGGUAAUAAUUUCUAUGAACUCAAAAAGUGAAACUGACGAAGCUUCAAGGGGGAACGAAGCGUCAUCGUCAAACAAUAACAGUGCCCCCAGUAAUUGUGAGGAUCAGUCUUCACCGGGUAUAUGCCCUGCAGAAAACAGUGGUCAGGACAAUAUGAAGCGUGCUGCCGCCAAACAGUUGAUUGAGAGAUAUUUCUACCAGUUGCUAGAUGGCUGCGGUAACUCUAGCUGUGACAACCAGUAUUGUGCUUCCAGUGGACAGGCAAGGAACCUUACACCAAAUGAAGCAGCAGCUGAAGCCAUAAAACUGUUCUAUAAAGAAGCCCGCCUCUGCGACACCCAUCCAAAUAAAGUGCCUCGCACUGAGGCCAACACCUGUGAUUCUAGUGCUAGCACAACAUGCUCCACAUCAAAAACAAAAGAGAGCACAGACAAUAAAGAAGAGACAUGCGAGUCCCCAAACAUGAGCCUGGAACUGCAGGAAGGGCCCUCCACCAAACCAGAAGCUAGUCAAGAUAUAUCUCAACAGGAGGAUUUCAAAACUCUUAGUCAUAACAAUGGGGCGCCGCUGACGGAGGACCGGAUAUACCAGUUAUGUGACGAGUGCCUGCAAACCAAAGCCCCGCAGCCGCUAAUCAGGGCGUUAGGGGAAGCGUUCACGCAACCCGCCAUCCUAGCCAGAUGUUUCCAGAAAAAAGUCCGGAGAGAUAGCAAUAGUGGCGAAGGCAGCAGUAGUCAAGCAGACAAAGAAUCGAAAGCGAUGUGUUCGUCGACGGACCCAGACAAAGACGUGGACAGUGUAGCGGGCCCUGAGCUCGACGUGGAGUCGUGUCGCAGAGCCUUCCAGUACCUUGCCAAAGUGCCGUCAGAAUACUACAGCUCAGCGCUGGUGACAGCUCUAACGACCCUCGCAGAGAACAUGGAAAUCGACCUGCGGAUAACGAAGAAGAUGAACGUAGAUGACGCGGUCAAAUGCUUCAUCAUCGCCUUCGAGGUGCCAGAUCUUGGAUGCAGUGACUACCUCGAGAUAGCGUUGCCUGCGCUCUGCCAUGCCGCCGAGCACUUGCCCACGAAAGCCCAAGCGAAACUGGCGCGCAUGUGGGCAGCGCACUGCAAGGACAGCCUGCAGCACAUCCUAGAGACGUUGCAGCAGCUGAUCACGCUGCGUGUCAUCUCCACCAACUACACGAGGCACUUCCAGGUGCAGGACGACGAGAGCGUCACCCUAGCCACUAAGCUUAUGAAAAUAGUUUACUACGCAAAUAUGCUCGCAGGCGUGAUGGAGCCGAACACGCUGCGAGAGGAGCCUAUAGUGAUAGCAAAUCAAUUAGAUCCAUUAGGAGAUGCCCUCGACCACCUGUACCCACUGUCCUCUAUGAAAAAGGCUAACCAGACGCAGCCGGAUGACCCUUUAGCUAUCGAAUUAGAUGUAAAUGUAUUAGAUGCAAGAAAGCCAUACCUGCCGUUUGAUGAAUUCUACAACGAACCUCUAAGUGAUACUAUAGAAAUGGAUAUAGAUUUUGCUAAUUAUAAAACAGAAAUAACUAAUGGCAAGAAAUUCGCGUUCCUGAAGUACCCGUUCAUACUGACGGCGGCGACCAAGUCGCUGGGACUAUACUACGAGAACCGCAUCCGCAUGUACUCGGAGCGGCGCGUGUCGCUGCUGCACGCGGUGGUGGGCGCGGCGCCGCCCAUGCCCUUCCUGCGGCUCAAGGUGCGCCGCUCGCACAUCAUCGACGACGCGCUGGUGGAGUUGGAGAUGGUAGCGAUGGAGCGCGCGUUGGACCUGAAGAAGCAGUUGGUAGUGGAGUUCGAGGGUGAGCAGGGCGUCGACGAGGGCGGCGUUAGCAAGGAGUUCUUCCACCUCGUGGUCGACCAGAUCUUCAACCCUGACUACGGCAUGUUCACGCAUCAUGUCGACACGCAUACUGUUUGGUUCAACCCAACGUCCUUCGAGACAGAAGCGCAGUUCACCCUCAUUGGCAUCGUGCUCGGUCUAGCCAUAUACAACAACAUCAUACUCGCCGUCAACUUCCCCAUGGUCGUGUACAGGAAGCUUAUGGGCAAGAAGGGAUCCUUCGAGGACCUGGCUGAUUGGAAUCCUGUCCUAUACAACGGCCUAAAAGACAUGUUAGAGUACGAAGGCUGUGAUUUAGAAGAAGUCUACUACCAGACGUUCCGGAUAUGCUACCAAGAUGUGUUCGGCAACCCUAUUUUCCACGAUCUCAAGGAGAAUGGCGACUCCAUAUUUGUCACACAGGAAAAUAAAAAGGAAUUCGUUGAAAUGUACGCGGACUACCUUUUGAACAAGUCAGUGGAGACGCAGUUCGCGGCGUUCCGGCGCGGGUUCGUCAUGGUGACGGAUGAGAGCCCGCUCGGGGCCCUCUUCCGACCAGAGGAGGUCGAGACCCUCGUCUGCGGCAGCAAGAACUUCGACUUCAACGAGCUAGAGAAAUCAACGGAAUACGACGGCGGGUAUACAUCAGAAUCACAAACCAUCAAGGAUUUCUGGAGUAUCGUGCACAGUUUACCGCUAGAGGACAAACGCAAGCUGUUGCAGUUCACUACGGGGUCUGACCGCGUCCCUGUCGGGGGUCUCAGCCACCUCAAACUAGUUAUAGCCAGAAACGGUCCAGAUUGCGACCGCCUCCCCACCGCACACACUUGUUUCAACGUCCUCCUCCUACCAGAAUACGAAAGCAAAGACAAACUCGAAGACAGACUGAUGAAAGCAAUAAGCUACUCCAAAGGAUUCGGCAUGCUUUAACGUCCGCUUCGAUGCAAAUGAGAAUAUAAAACUAUUGUUGUAAAGCCAUGAUAUUGAUGGUGACUUUGUAACAUUAAUGAUUAAAGUUUGUUUUAUUUAUACACGAA